GGCCCAUGACAGAAAAGUAAUUGUGAAUUUUACCAGGAUAAUUAAGUGUCUACCUCCUAUUAGUGGAAUCACACAAGGUGGCACAUUCUGACAAGACGAUCAUGAUGCUGGUGAAAUUUAAUAGCCACACAGCUCUAUUCCUGAAGCCAUUACAUCAUUCCAAAUUCCCACUGUGGGGUAUUUUAGGAAACGGUCUCAAAGCAGGGAACUGGUUUGGGAAGUUCAUUCCGGCGAGGUCAGACCAGUCACAGGGGGACACAGCGGGGGAGUUCAGAAUGGAGUUCAUGGGUAAAUGGAAAUAGUCUGGUUAAAAAAUACAGGGGCGGUCUGUCUAGAAGUUACUGAAGCGCUGCUUUGGCCGGUGUUCCCGAGCAAAGCACAGAUGUAAUGCUGCCACUGUUUUUUGAGGGGAGCACAGAGCUGACAGGCUGAGAGGAUAAGCCUUUCAAAAGCCAUCGCUUUACAGCUGAGACCUUCAAGAUUCUACCUUAUCCAGAUGGAAAAAGACCAUUCUGUCACUUACCAGACGGAAAAGACGAAAUCUCCAUGUGUAGUUUGGCUGGGGGGCUCAGCAGGAUGGAAAUAGAUGCGCGGUUUCGCUACUAUUUCCAGCACCCAUGGUCGCGUCUCAUCGUGGCCUACCUGGUCAUCUUCUUCAACUUCCUCGUCUUUGCAGAAGACCCCGUCUCUCACAGUCAGACAGAGGCCCAUAUGAUUGUGGUGGGCAACUGCUUCUCGUUCCUCUUCAACAAGUACCCAGGCCUCGGAUGGAACAUCCUGAAAGUAGUGUGCUGGAUACUGGCCAUCAUCACUGGCAUGUUCGCCGGGAAGUUCAUAUUCCACCGCCAGCUCUUUGGUCGAUACCUGCGCCUGAAAAUGUUCCGCGAGGAUCAUGGCUCCUGGAUGACCAUGUUCUUCAGCACCAUCCUCCUCCUCUUCAUCUUCUCACACAUCUAUAACCUUUUCCUGCUGAUGGCUGGAAGCAUGAAGCCUCACAUGGUGACAGAGUACAUGGGCAUCAGGAAUGAGAGCUUUAUGAAGAUUGCUGCAGUGGGGACAUGGAUGGGAGACUUUGUCACUGCUUGGAUGGUGACAGAUAUGAUGCUCCAGGAUCAGCACUACCCAGACUGGGGCAAAGCAGCCAGAAGGUUCUGGAAACAAGGCAACAACAGGAUUGUUCUCUUCUGGACAGUGCUCUUCUCUCUGACAUCAGUGGUGGUUCUGGUCAUCAGUACCGACUGGAUCAGCUGGGACAACCUGAACCGAGGCUUCCUACCCAGCGAUGAGGUCUCCAGAGCCUUCCUGGCCUCCUUCAUUUUGGUGUUCGACCUUCUCAUUGUCAUGCAGGACUGGGAGUUCCCUCAUUUUAUGGGUGACCUGGAUAUGAAUCUACCAGGAAUGUCAACAACGCAUGUGAAGGUCAAGCUUCCUGUCUGCAAGAGUAUCUUUAAAGAGGAGUACCACAUUCAUAUCACAGGUAAGUGGUUCAACUACGGUAUCAUCUUCCUCGUGCUGAUUUUGGACCUUAACAUGUGGAAGAACCAGAUCUUCUACAAGCCCUAUGAGUACGGUCAGUAUGUCGGGCCUGGUGAGAAGAUCUACACUGUGGAGGAGCCAGAAACGCUCAGGAACUUCAACCACAGCACGCUCACAUAUGAGUGGCGCUCCACCAACAUCAAUCCCAGCACCAACUUGACCUACGUUGAGCGGGAUAUGUUCCUCCACAGCCGCUACGUUGGAGCCAGCCUGGACGUCAAGUGCCUGGCCUUUAUCCCGAGCCUGGCGGCGUUCGUCCUGUUCGGUUUCUUCAUCUGGUUGUUUGGGCGAUUUCAGGACAGCGAGACCUUCACGGAAAACCAAGACAAGUCAUAUGAGAGGAUAAAGAGGAAGUCGCCGUCGGAGUACAGCAAGGAGAUGGGUGUGACACCAGAGGAGACGCAUAUGACCAUGAGUGAUGUUCUGAAGCGAUCAGGAACGCCGAUGCUUCUCUCGGUGGACGGGCCACACUUUGGAGCAACGCCCUCAACGAACUCGACUAUUUCCAUGGAAACCCAAGAGACACAUCCAAGCAUUGUGAUUGAUAGUGCAGAGCAGGAGGAACCAGCAGUUUCUUUUGAUGUCCACAAGAUAUCUCCAUGACCUCAUGAACUUCUGAAACUUUCAACUGUAGAACUGCAGAAAAUAUAGUUAGUUCUUCAAGAUCUUAAAGUGUUGCUAUUCUUCAGAUAAGACCAAGCUGCAAUAGAAGAUAAACAAAACUAUUUGUGGGAUUCAGGAAAAGGACGAAGUGAUGUUGCAUGAUCACCAAGUCAGUCCUGAUGGCUAUAGCAGUUGCAUUUAUUGAAUAUAUUUUUGUAAAACAGUCUUUUAAAAGCCUCUGAAAUGGCACCAAUUCUGGUAACAAACAGAUCUUUUAAGCAGAAUGCAAACUCUUAAUUUACAUGGUGCUCGCUCAGAUUUUGCAUUUUCAUAAUUAAAUUUUGUCUUGGUAAACUAUUUUGGUGCCUAUAUCAGAGGAGUAUUUCUACAGUCAUGACACUGCGGUUAGGUGGAUUUUAUUGUAUCACAACAGUGUUACAGCUACACUAGUGCCUUGAUAUCUCAUAUGUUGAGAUACAGAGACAGAAACAUAUUCUGACAGACUAUACUACUAUAGGCAACAAAAUGGAAGAUGUCAUAGUUAUGGUCUGCUAUGUAAUGUCUUGUUAAUGCUUUCACAUCCUAUGGACAAUCUUUACCACAUUUAAUCCUCAGACUUAAUCAUUUUAAUUUAUUCUGAUGUGAUGUCUCUCUUACUCGAUUUUAAACGUUAUCAUUCUUGUGAAAGUGAAAUGAUUAUGGACAUCAAUGUACAUUGAUGACCUAUUCAUAUCCCCUCACUUGAUAUUAGUUGCAGAGAUAAUAAAUGCAAUCAGCAGAGAUCAAAUAGCAAACCAACAAGCCACCUCAUGAUUGCUUAUGGGGCUGCUGCACCUGGACUGAAUACCAACAGAGUCAGAAAGGUGGUUUUGCCCUUGGCAUCAACAUGCCAUUGAAGUGCAGAAGAGGUGUCUGCUCCAAAGCUCAGGGGUUCUUUAUGUCUAGAAAAACCUUAAAAGUUUAGAAGCAGUUUUGCAGUCAUGGUAAAUGCAUGAAAACAUUAUUUAUUUAUUUGAAACAUUAUACUACUGGAAAAAAAUCCCUGAUUUUAAACUGAAACCUGCAGCAGUUAUCUUUAUACUGGCUUUGAAAUUGUUCACUUCCUUUUUACAUAUUUUCCUAUGCUAUGCAGCCUCUUUAAAAUACAUAUAUUCAGAGUUUUUGGUCCAAAAAUGGAUGCCCUUCAGUUAUUUUCUAUAAAGUGCAAAUACUAACUCAAUUAUUACUGCAUUGCAUAUACUUUUGACCAAAGAUAUGAAAUAAUUCAGUAUUUUGAACAAAUACUCCUAUAUAAGAUAAUAUGAUAAUUUAAAAGAUAUAUUCAUGAUAGACAGGGUUGAAGGAUAUUAUGUGCUCUUGCAUCACUCUGCAUUAUAAUGGACUAUAAAAAAUAACCACAUCCAUAACUCCUGAAUAACCCAAUCCAGAUUUUUGUUCAACAUUAUUUGAAUUCCAAGUAAUGUAGCCAGGGGUGUGCCACCGAAAUAGUUAGUUUCGCAGUGUCUAAUUAUAAUUAAUUAAUAAAUUAUAAAAAAAAAGUAAUCAUUAAAUUAAAUGUGCUGGCAUUUAUAUAUUUAUACACUAAAGGAAAACUAACAUUUGCCUAUUAAUUAGCCUAAUUAAAUCAAUUUCCUUAUUCUGUCUGUAAAUUAUAAAUUAAUAUGGAAUGGAUUAAAAUAUGAACUCACAAAAUGUAUUUUAAAAAAGGCUUUUGAACUUCACUUUUUUUAUGCCAUUUACAUUUACUGUGUGUCUAUCAUCAUAAUGCAUCUCACAAUUAUUUUCUGCUGCUUCAACAUUUACAGCUUUCAUUUAAUAAUUGUUUAACGCCGCCAUUUAAAGAUGUCUCAAAAGUAGCUGCAGAGACAGAGAACUGCUAUGUAUUUGUGGGAGUUGGAGCUCCUGUUGCUGCUCACUGUGUUGGAUUUCAUUAAAUGUCUAGGUGACACAAUGCUUAAAUGUCUUUGAUUUAAAGAGAGUUUAGAGCAAACACAGGAACUAAUUGUUGAAGAGUAUUUGUAAAUAUUAGAAAGACAGAAUAAGGAAAAAGAAAUAUUAAUUGGCAAAUUUAUUGAAUUUUUUGUUUGUUUUUCCAACAUUUAAAUGUACCUUUUAUUUAUCGAUGAAUAAUAUAUUUUUUAAAUGUAUUAAUUGAUUAUAUAAAACACUGUAGAACUAAUUAAUCCAGUGGCACACUCCAGACUGUGAGUGCAUGUAUGUGGCUGUGUGUGUACAAUUUGGAGGUAUUGUGUCAUUUGUGUCUGUAAAGGAUGUUUUAUACUUAAUAGUGCAUGGUGUGUGUGUGUGUGUGUGUGCGUGUGUGUGUGUGUGUGUGUGCGUGUGUGUGUGUGUGUGAGAGAGACACACACACACGUGCGUAGGUGUUUGCUACUACGCUUGUUUUUGACAAAGGCCAUUCUGUGAAGAGGUCAAUUUAUUUAGCAUAAUUGCUUUGCAGCUCUUGUUUCUGUAAUUAUCCUUUUAUACAUUACAGCUCUGUGAAGACAUUAGAUAUUAGUGUCUCACCAAAGGGCAGAACCUCUUAGGACUUGAAGGUGAUCUAAUAUGUUUGUAAUGUAUUGUGUUUAGGUUAAACCUGAGCAUUUCCUCUUUGUUGCUCAUACUAUUUUCAUUGAAUUGUAUUGCAAAACUGACACUUCCUUCAGUUCCUGUAUGUUUGUGCUUUAUUUAAAGCAGAGUAAAUGUCUUGUGUACUGUAUGUCAGUUGAACCUUGUGUUACCAAUAAAUUAAUACAUUUGCUAUAUACUCCA